CUGCUCUAGCGGCCAUUAAAAUAUGAGUGUUAUUUCGACUUUAUGGGCAAAAUAUCAAAGAUAUCUCACCACACAUCCAUGGAGAACUCAAACAUUGACUACUGCUGUGAUGUUUAGUACAAGUGACAUCUUGACUCAGCAAAUUAUCGAAAAGAAGGAAUUGCAUCACGAUUUUAGAAGAACACUUCGCAUGUGCAUAAUGGGAGUCAUUAUUGGGCCUAUUCAAAGGACAUGGUUUCUAACGCUUGAGCGCCUUAUACCACCUACAUCCAAGAUACAAAUUCUCAAGAAACUUGUCGUCGACCAAACAGUUUAUGGUCCUUUUAUAAUAUUUUUCUUCUAUAGCUUAUCCGGGACUCUGUCUGGGAAAGAUGUCAAUGAGAUAAAGGAAAUCCUUGAAGAGAAAUACUUAAGAACUCUGAUCACAGGAUACAAAGUGUGGCCAUUUGUACAAGCAAUUAAUUUUACUUUUGUCCCUGUCCAACUGCGAGCUAAUUUUGUCCAAGGGGUGUCUCUUUGUUGGAAUAUGUACCUAUCCUGGAUGGUAAACAAACCUGUGAACACCUCCACCUUUACCUAUGAUAGCCCUGGGGAAAUGAUCCCAGACUCUGUGGACUCUAUUGAACAAAUGGCUAGGUAGUUUUCAAACUAAUUGUGUCAUUGCAUUUUAAAAUAAUUCUUCCUUAGGUGUAGUUAGUUUUUUAUAAAAUUGGGUGGCUAUAAUAGCCUCAUCAAUGCCUUAAUCCUUAAAUUGAUAAGUAUCAGUGGUAGUGGGAUAUAUACACAUUACAUGUAAUGUAAUUUGAAAUUAUAAUGUUAUUAUGCUUGCUCAAGUGUUGUGUGGUGCAAGUAUAAUUUGAUAAUCAACAUCGUUACAAUUUUUCCUCAGUCACUUCACAGUAUAGAAAAAAAUCUUCAACAAAUUGUAUUUAUAACAUUGUUAGGUCAAUGUAAUAUUAUUUUGCUAUUUUAUUUACAAUAUACAUUGUUAGAGUAACAACUUACCAGUAGAGCUGGUUGUAGCAUUAAUACAUUCAUCUUUUUUCUCCAUUUAUUAUGAAUUAUAGAGUGAUGUUAUGAUUAUUAUUUAAGUUUAAAUGGCUUUUGUGGCCAGUGGGUGAGUUUUGAGCAUGAAACCAUUUUUUUUUUUAAUGGUUUCUUGUUCCAAGGUUUAUGCCACAGUUACAGGCUCAGAAAUUUCUGAAAUGCAAUUGGCUAAGAUUGAAAGUAUUUCAGCCAAAUUUGAACACUCACAUGUGAAAGGGACAAUUUUGCAUUUUACUAGUUGCCUUAUAUAGUAUAAAGAAAAUAAAUUCAUUUCCUAAGAGUAUUAGGGAUUAAAAAUAAGUCUGCUCUUGAUAUUUCAAAACUCUUCAAAUAUCAAUUUUGAAUUAUAACUCAGGUAUUUGUCGUAAAUA